AUGCGGCUGCAGUGCGAGGUGGAGGUGCUGAGCCAGCUGCUGCCCAGCUGCGGGCUGCAGGGCCGCGGCCGCGCGGCGCGGGCGCUGGUGUCGCUGGGGCGGCCGCCGGGCGGUGCCGGUGGCGGUGCCGGUGGCGGUGGCGGUGCCGGUGUUUACCUGAUGGUGUGCACGGCGCGGGACCGCUCCGGGGCCCGCUACAAGGUGCAGCAGAACGUGGAGCGGCUCUUCACCAGGUUCGUGGAGCAGGGAAAGGCCACGGUGCGGCUGCGGGAGCCCGCGGUGGAUCUGCGCCUCAGCAAGGCCAAUGCCAGCGAUCUGAAGACCUUCCUGGCAGCCCUGAGACUGGCUCACCAAGGCAGCGACGCCGGAGCUCUGCCCCUCUCCACCCUGGUCCCGGCAAAGAACUCGGAAGUGGAGAAACCCAAGACGAAAAUGAUCAUAACUUCCAGGAGGGACUACCCCCUCACCAAGAGCUUCCCUCACUCCCUGGAGCACCUGCAGGCCUCCUACUGCAAGCUGGCCCGGGUGGACACGCGCGUGCUGUGCCUGAGGAAGCUGCGGAAGCUCGACCUGAGCCACAACCACCUCAAGCAGCUGCCGGCGACCCUGGGGGAGCUGGCGUGCCUGCAGGAGCUGGACCUGCACGACAACCACCUGGAGUCCUUCGGCGGGGCCCUGUGCCGCUCCGGCCUGCGGAGAUCCCUGCAGAGCCUGGACCUGAGCCAGAACCGGCUGCGGGCGCUGCCGCUGGAGCUCUGCGAGCUGCGGGGGCUGCUCAGCCUCAAGCUGGACGACAACGAGCUGGAGCGCCUGCCCUGCAGGGUGGGGCAGCUCGGCCGCCUGCGCUUCCUGUCGGCCGCGCGCAACCGCCUGCCCUUCCUGCCCAGCGACUUCAGGAGGCUCUGCCUGGACAGCCUGGACCUCUUCGGGAACCCUUUCGAGCAGCCCAACCCGCUGGCGCCCAACAUCCAGCUGAAAAUCCCGCUGACCCUGUCGGAGUGUGCCGCCAGAGCCACCAUCAAUCACAGAAUCCCUUACGGCUGCCACCUCCUCCCUUCCCACCUUUGUGAGGAUCUGGCAGUGGCUAAAACCUGCCAGUGUGGAAGUGCCUGCCUGAGCAGCUUCAUCCAGAUCACGGUGACCAUGAACCUGCACCACGUGGCUCACACCGUGGUGCUCGUGGACAACAUGGGAGGGACGGACGCUCCCGUCCUCUGCUACUUCUGCUCCCUGCACUGCUAUUCCCAGUUCCUGGACAGGCACCUCCAGAGCAACAGGUGACACUGCUGGGUGCCAGAGCCCUGCCCAGCAGAGAUCCAAGCUCCCUCUGGCAGCGAGGGGACCCUGUGCCUGCCUCUCCCUCCCCCCGGGAUGUCCGUGCGCUGGGAAUGCCGAGCACGCGGAGCUCCAGCGCUCCUUCCCUGCAGCGUCAUCUGCUUUCCUUCUCCCGUUCCCAGGCUUUGCUCGGAGCGUCCCGGCAGAUUUCCCAGUUUUGUGGAGUAAGGGGUUCCUUGUCGGGAGCUCAUCCCAGCCUUACUCCAGGGGAUGCCCUGAGCUCUGCCCGUGCACAGUGACAGCGUUGGCUGCGGCGCUGGGCUCGGCUCUUCCCGACUUCUCUCUAUGUGGAGGAGAAAUUACGGCCCAAGCCGGUUACGUAAUUCCAGGUGCUGCUUUUUUUUUAAAAGGUUCUCUUACAACAUUCCCACUUCCAGCAGGGACCAGCAUUGCUGGUUUUUUUACCAGAGCAAAUGGUUUUGUUUUUUUUGGGGGGGGGUUAUCUCUUUGUGAUACGAGAAACGUCUUUUUUUCUAAGUACGUGCCAGAAACUUUGUUCCUUAACUCUUUUGUUUUAACAGUUCUUGAAUUUGUUUCACUCUGUCGACUUAUUAAAUUUUGAAACCCUUCUACUGA